CCCAAAUUCCAGUUACUCUUUUGGUCUUUCCAUCGUCUUCCUUAGCCGGCGACUUGCGCGCAGGUUUUCCUCCCUUCCUCGGCGACUUGAGGAGUGUCCAGUAAAUCGAUUGUUCCAAAAUCGUAUUGUCAGAUAGUGUACUCAGAUCGACUGGUAUUUUGGGAGCGGCGGCCCUCAGAUUAGGUUUUGCACCCAACGUUGAGUACUGGAGUAGUUGUUUGAGAUGGGCUUCUCCUAGCAAUUACCAUUGUACUGUAUUCUUCAGGGUCAGUAAAGAAAAACUACUAGUGUUAUUAAUGUGCACUCUCCUGCUAGCAUGCUCUGAUGCACUACGGGCAUUUGACCCUGCUCAAAGAAAAGUUCAUCCUAAUGGAUUGGAUUGGAUUGGAUGUUAAUCAAACUACCGGCAACAAAUGUUCAGAUGAACCAAUUAGUUAUGCAAAAAGUUGAUUAUUUAGAAUAAUACUCCGUGCUAAGGCAAGCCUCCUUUUUUGCUGGGCUUUUCAUGAUAACAUGAUUAUUGUAGAUCUAGCAAUUUUACUCCGGUGAUGAAAACAAGUGCCCCCGUGGUUUGUGGGCAGGGACCAAGGAUUGAUCGUCGUUCCAUAAAACCUUUUAAGAUGACAAGAUCCAAGGAUAUUCAGCUUCACCAUCUACCUACAGAUGUACUGCGUCGUAUACUAUCACAAUUGACAAUGAAAGAAGCUAUGCGAAUGAGCAUACUAUCUAAGAAGUGGAGAAGGUUUUGGAAAUGCUACCCAAAGUUAGUAUUCACCAGAGCCACGAUGUGUCGCAGUAACGCCACGACAGGCCCUGCAAAACCCUGGCGGACAAGGUUUAUCAGGGGGGUCAACAGCAUCCAGCGACAGCUCAAGUCAUCCAACCUGAAUAAGUUUGUGGUCAAGUUUGCGCUUCGCAAAAGGCACACACCUCACAUUGAUAGAUGGGUCAAUUUCUGUGCCUCGUCGAUGGCGAAGCAUGUUGUUCUCGAUUUAUGUCCAGGGCCGAAAGGCAGUACCGACACAGAUGACAAGUACAGUUUCCCGCUGCAUCUUCUCGGCGCCUCGGGUGGUUCUUGCGUGAAGUCUCUUAGUCUGGGGUUCGUCUAUUUAGCACUGCCUCCUGAUCACCGUGGAUUUGCAAACCUUAAGAAGCUCUCUCUGGAAAUAGUUCAUGUCACAGGGGAUCUCGGGCGCCUGCUCCCAAAAUGCGCUGUUCUUGAGUGGCUAAGCCUCACCAGGUGUAGACUGGACGAGCUAAGCAUAGGUGAGGAACUGAGCAGGCUCCGUUGUUUGCAGGUCAAGUACUGUAUGCUGCAGAAGCUGCAUGUCCGAGCUCCAAACCUCGCCAUGUUUGUGUUCGCUGGUCGUGUGAUACCUAUAUUGCUUGGUGAAUCUGUGAAGAUUUCAGAGGCGACGGUCGACUUGGUCACAUCCUCGGACUGCUUCAAUUACGUCUUCACUGAUCUUGUCGAUGCUCUUUCGCAUGUUCCGUCCCUCUCCAUAGGCUUCCGAAUUGAAACCAAGGUGAUAAAUUUUGUGAAAAAUCGGACCAUGCUCACAAAUCUGAGACGUCUGGUCCUGAAAAUCGAUAUUGUUGGGUCGCCGGAAGUCACUGGUGGGAUUCUUCGUUUGGCCUAUCUGUUGGAGUUAGCCCCUGCUUUGGAAGAGUUAGUACUCCAUAUGCAUUGUUUUGACUCGGCAAUCUAUGGUGAACCAAGAGAAGAUGCCUACCAGCCACAUCCUCACCGUCAUCUCAAGACUAUCAAAAUGACGGGGUUCUAUGGAUUACUUGGUCAGGUUGAGCUAGAACUCUACCUUCUUCGGAAUGCGACUUCUCUCGAGCGUAUGAUCAUAGAUCCGGUGGUGAGGAAUAAUUGGCCUAUUCCACCCAUGGGUGGAGCAAAGCAAGAUAUAGACCGGGGCACGUCGAUUGCCCUCAAUAAACUUUCGAGGCAAGAGUUCAGAAAGGUCCUUGACAUUCUGUAUUAAGGGGAUAUGAAACUAUGUUGCAGGUGUAUUUUAAAUUAUUUGUUUUAAGGAA